AUGUCCUUCCAGGGCAAGAAGAGCAUCCCCCGGAUCACGAGCGACCGCCUUUUGAUCAAAGGUGGGAAGAUCGUCAAUGAUGACCAGUCCUUCUAUGCUGAUCUGUAUGUGGAAGAUGGUUUGAUAAAACAAAUUGGAGAAAACCUCAUUGUCCCUGGGGGCAUCAAAACCAUCGAUGCGCAUGGCCUGCUGGUCCUGCCAGGCGGUGUUGACGUCCACACCAGGCUGCAGAUGCCCGUCCUGGGCAUGACCCCUGCAGACGACUUCUGCCAGGGGACCAAGGCCGCCCUAGCGGGAGGGACCACCAUGAUCUUGGACCAUGUGUUCCCUGACACGGGCGUGAGCCUCCUGGCGGCCUACGAGCAGUGGCGGGAGCGUGCAGACAGCGGGGCCUGCUGUGACUACUCCCUGCACGUGGACAUCCCUCGUUGGCAUGAGAGCAUCCGGGAGGAGUUGGAGGCCCUAGUCAAGGACAAAGGUGUGAACUCCUUCCUGGUCUUCAUGGCGUACAAGGACAGGUGCCAGUGCACAGACGGCCAGAUGUACGAGAUCUUCAGCAUCAUCCGGGACCUGGGUGCCCUGGCGCAAGUGCAUGCAGAGAACGGGGACAUCGUGGAGGAGGAGCAGAAGCGGUUGCUGGACCUUGGCAUCACUGGCCCUGAGGGCCACGUGCUCAGCCGCCCCGAGGAGGUGGAGGCCGAGGCUGUGUACCGCGCUGUCACUGUCGCCAAGCAGGCCAACUGCCCCCUGUACGUCACCAAAGUGAUGAGCAAGGGUGCGGCCGACGUGGUUGCCCAAGCCAAGCGCAGGGGGGUGGUCGUGUUCGGGGAGCCCAUCACUGCCAGUCUGGGGACCAAUGGCUCGCACUAUUGGAGCAAGAACUGGGCAAAGGCCGCGGCCUUUGUCACAUCGCCCCCCAUCAACCCGGACCCCAGCACUGCAGACCACCUCACCUCCCUGUUGUCCAGUGGGGACCUCCAGGUGACCGGCAGCGCCCACUGCACCUUCACCACUGCCCAGAAGGCCGUCGGCAAAGACAACUUCACACUCAUCCCCGAGGGCACGAACGGCAUCGAGGAGCGCAUGUCUGUGGUCUGGGAGAAGUGUGUGGCCUCAGGGAAGAUGGAUGAGAACGAGUAUGUGGCUGUGACCAGUACAAACGCAGCCAAAAUCUUCAACGUGUACCCAAGGAAGGGGCGAGUGGCUGUGGGCUCCGAUGCUGACCUGGUUAUUUGGAACCCCAAGGCCACAAAAAUUGUCUCUGCCAAGAGCCACAACCUGAAUGUGGAGUACAACAUUUUUGAAGGCCUUGAGUGCCGAGGAGCCCCCACGGUGGUCAUAAGUCAGGGCAGGGUUGUGCUGGAGGACGGGAACCUGUUCGUCACCCCCGGGGCUGGCCGCUUCAUCCCCCGGAAGACGUUCCCCGACUUCGUCUACAAGCGGAUAAAGGCGCGCAACCGGCUGGCGGAGAUCCACGGCGUGCCCCGAGGCCUCUACGAUGGGCCCGUGCAUGAGGUGAUGGUGCCUGCCAAGCCGGGGGGCAGUGCCCAGGCCCGUGCGUCCUGCCCAGGGAAGAUCUCGGUCCCACCCGUGCGCAACCUGCACCGGUCGGGGUUCAGCCUGUCUGGGUCUCAGGCUGACGACCACGUUGCCCGACGCACGGCUCAGAAGAUCAUGGCCCCCCCCGGCGGACGUUCCAACAUCACGUCGCUGUCCUAG